CACACUACGGCCACUGCAGCAGGAUGGCAGCUCAGGUCUCGCACACAGUGCUGCGGUUGGAGGCUGAAGAUGUUCGAAACCUCAAAGACGGAAUUAAUUUUCAGAAAAACAACAAGGAUGGAAAAUGUUACAUCAUUUACAAAGCAAACGGCGAGCUGCGGGCGUGCAGGAACCAGUGCAAACACCAGGGAGGACUGUUCAUUAAAGACAUCGAGGACAUGGACGGCAGAACAGUUCGGUGUACCAAACACUACUGGAAACUCAACGUGGCCACUAUGCAGUACGUCAAUCCACCAGACAGCUUCAUGCAGGAUGAACUCGAAGCAGUGCUGUCUGAGACUGACGGGAGUUUAGAGCUGCUGGAGUUGAAUCCUCCAGACCCCUGGACUGCAGAGCCCAGAGAAGCACAAGAUCUGCAAGCCGGAGAGAUUACGCUGACCUACAUCACUCAUGCGUGUAUGGAGCUGAAAGCGGGCGAGCGCAGGAUGAUGUUUGACCCGUGGCUCACAGGACCAGCAUUUGCCAGAGGAUGGUGGCUCCUACACGAGCCUCCGAAAGAUGCUAUGGACAGACUGAUGGAGGCAGAUCUCGUUUACAUCAGCCACAUGCAUUCAGACCACCUCAGCUAUCCGACUUUGCAACAUCUCUCCAAGAAGCGUCCGGAUAUUCCCAUUUAUGUUGGAAACACUUCACGUCCGGUUUUCUGGUAUCUGGAGAAAAGCGGAGUGAAUUUAACAAACAUCAACGUUGUGCCGUUCGGUGUGUGGCAGAAUGUGGAUGAUCAUCUGAGGUUCAUGAUCCUGAUGGAUGGCGUUCAUCCUGAAAUGGACACCUGCUUAAUAGUGGAAUAUAAAGGUCACAUGAUCCUGAAUACAGUCGACUGCACCAGACCAAACAAUGGCCGUCUUCCUCAUGGUGUGGAUGUGAUGAUGAGUGACUUCGCAGGCGGCGCCUCUGGAUUUCCCAUGACCUUCCAUGGUGGAAAAUACACCGAGAGCUGGAAGGCGAAUUUUAUCAAGAACGAGAGGAAGAAGCUGUUGAACUACAAGGCGCAGCUGGUCAAAUCUCUGCAGCCGAAGAUCUACUGUCCGUUUGCUGGAUAUUUCACUGAAGCUCACCCGUCUGACAGGUACAUAAAGGAGACAAACACGAAGAACAGUCCAGCAGAGCUGAACGAACUGAUAAGGAAAAGCUGCCUGAACACUUUAACCUGGACUCCUCUACCUGGAUCUGUCCUGGAUUUAGCUGUGGCUCUGAAUAACCGAUCCAAUGAAACUGCCAUCACUGAUCCGCCUCAUGGCACAAAGAUCUACAAGGACAACUGGGAGUUUGACCUGUAUUUGAAUCAAUUGAACGCCUCCAUUUCAGCUGAAAUCUUCAAACACAAGCACUGGAUCCAGUAUUAUUAUAACUGGGCAGGAUUCAGAAACUACAAUCUGGUCAUCCGGGUCAUUGAGACGGAUGACGAUUUCCAGCCCCUGAAUGGAGGUUUUGAUUAUCUGGUGGAUUUCCUGGAUCUUUCAUUCCCCACGGAGCGACCAGAGAGAGAACAUGCAUACGAGGAGAUCAAGAACCGUGUGAAUGUGAUGAGGCAUGUGGUUGUGAAUGGACUGCUGUGGGACGAUCUGUACAUCGGCUUCAACAACAGAAUGAGCCGAGACCCUGAUGUUUACCAUCACAAGUUCUGGAAUCACUUUCAGACUGAAUUACCCCUUUCGGCUCCAGAUUGGCAACAUUUCCUUCAAAUCUGCAGCCAAACACAGGAGAAUGGGAGCAGUAAUGGAUGCAGCGUCUCUUAACACUCAGACGUGCUCUUUGAUUUGUCUUAUUUUUAUACCUUCGGACAUUGAUCACUACUGCCUUAAAGGGACGUUUCACCCAAAAAAAUAUCUGCACAGGUUUUGUUAUGAUAAUGAUGUUGAAUGAUUGCUUGUUUGCACUGGUUGUGAUCUUUCUGAACUUUUAUACCAGAUUAAAUCUAAUUUAUCACUGUCAUGUUGUUAAUUGAUUAUGGACGAAAGGUGUUUUUGUCCAAUGUUUCAUCCCAGUUCAAUUACUAUGAACUCUCCCUUUAAGAAUCACUGUAAUUAGAUUAUUUAUAAAGAAACUCUUCAGCACUUUUCAAUAAAAUCAUUUCUAAAAACCUGA